AUGUUCCAGUCGUCUCUGAUCCGGCGUCCAGCGUGGGGUUUGGACUCUGGUUGUGAUGUGACUCCAGCAGCUUCUCCUCUCUGGUUUUCCUGGUUUUGUUGUGACUCUGAACUGUGUCCCCAGCGUCUGGUGCAGCAGUUGGACGGCUUCAUCUCGUGGCUGCAGGAGGCUCUGGACAGCACCGAGAACUGGACCCAGCCCAGACAGGACCUGGACAGCCUGAGGGUUUACCUGGACACACACCUGAGCUUCAAGUUGAACGUGGACAGUCACAGCUGUCUGAAGGAGAACAUCCUGGAGGAUGGGAAGGAACUGCUGGCCGUCAUCUCCUCCAACCAAUCAGGUCUGAAGGAAAUCCUCCAGAUGGUUUCCAGCCAAUGGGAUCAGCUCCAGCGGCAGAUCCGGCGCCAACACGGCUGGAUGCUCCGCGCUCUCCGCUGCAUCCAGGCCCGCCUCUUCUACUCCAGCAAAUCGCAUGAGCCCUUUGCGGCGCUGGGGGACCCGUCGGCCAAUCAGAAGCCUCCGUGCUCGGCGGACGGCCUGAAGGUGGAGCUGAUCUCCAGUCAGUGUGAAGCUCAGAGAGUCGCUCUGGAGCAGAUGGCCAUCAGACUGAGCAGCCUGCAGUACCCCUCACCCACCAGCAGGAGGCAGAGCAGCCAGGUGGCCCGGAACAACAGCCUGCAGGAAUUUGAGGCCGAGUACCAGGAGCUCUGGGAUUGGCUGAUGGACAUGGACGCCAUGGUAACCGACAGCCAUCAGCUGAUGAUGUCAGAGGAGCAGAGACAUCACCUGUUCAAGAGCUCCUACACUGAGCUGAUGAUGAUGGAGGGGAGGAAGAGCAGCCUGCUAGGCCGAGCCGAGUCCCUGAAGAGGAGCUCAACACACCUGCCCAGUACCUUUCACUGCAGGAUCCACAACUUGACACACACCUGGAACCAGCUACAGGAGAUCCUGUCGGAGCGUUCUGGGCCUGGUUCCUCCCAGCAGAACCCCUGUUCUAACAGGAACUUCCUGCCGUCUGGAGGCCAGGGAGGUUCCGUGGAGAACCCUCGUUCUGCUCUGUCUCCUCUGACCAACUCUCUGCUGGAGCAGCUGGAGACCAGGAUCAAGGAGCUGAAGGCCUGGCUGAGGGACACCGAGCUGCUCAUCUUCAACUCCUGCCUCCAGGACAAGGACCAAUCAGAGCAGCUGCUCAGCUUCAAGUCUCUGUGUUCGGAGAUCCGAGCCCGGCGUCGAGGGAUCUCCUCGGUCUUGAAGCUCUGCCAGAAGCUGCUGCAGCAGAGUCAGACAGGGCCGAUGGCGGAGGCGGGCCCCGAGGCCGAGCAGCACCGGGAGGACCUCCAGCUGCUGUCCAUCAACCUGGAGCGGCGCUGGGAGGCCAUCAUCAUGCAGGCGCUGCAGUGGCAGAACCGGCUCAGGAGGCAACAGCAGGUUCCUGGGAGCUUCCUGGAGCCGGGUUUGGUGAACCUCCAUCAGAUCAGCCCCAUCUCCAACGGUCCGGUGGCUCCAGCUCCAGAGGACUCCUGGGAGUGGGACGACACCGACAUGACCAUCACAGAAUCAGAGCCACCAGAAGAACCCGACCUGAUGCAGAACCUUCCCUCAGAACCAGACCUGCCUUCAGACGGUGCUCCGACCAACAGGAACCAACCCGCUGAGGUCAGAACCGAGGAUCCGGCCAAUCAGCAUCCAGAGAUGGAGUCCAGAACCUCCAGAACCGUCCCCCAGAACAACAACAUCUACCAGGUCUUCAGCCUCCACCAGGUGGAGCUCUACCGCCAGCCUCACUUUCCUCAGAUCUCCCUGAACAGAACCACAUCCAAACGGAAGCUCCUGCUGAAGAGCCUCAGCAAAGACUCAUCCUUCUCCUCCAUCGAGUCUCUUCCAGACCUGCUGGGAGGUCGAGGAGGAGAUCGGACUGAGGAGAGCGAAGGAGGAAGAGGAAGUGGCCGGUCGACCAGCCGGAGGUCCGAGUGUGAGAGUGGGAUCGUCAGCGACACUGGAGACACCGAGACCACGGCCACCACGGAGGACGAACAUGUCCUGAACAUCCACAGGACUGAAGGCCAGAAGAAGGAGAAAGGAUGGAGGAGGGAGGAGCUGACAGGAGAAACCAAGAGAACCAGAGAGGAGGAGAAGAGGAGGAAGACCAGGAGAGGAGGAGAAGCUGUGGAGAUCCUCAUCAACGGACGAGGAAUCCUGACUCCUGCCGACUCAGACUCGGACUUCGAGUGGGGAGGAGUCAACGUGGAGUCCUGCAGACACGUGGACGGGUUGAGUCAGUGUCCAGGUCUGGAGACGCCUCCUGCUGGGAGCCGCCGGGCCUCCUCUCCUGCUCUGUCCCAGAGCUCCUCCCUGGAGUCCCUUCUGGCCCUUGGAGUCGAGUUAUUCCCGUCCAAAGACCCUCUGCAGCGAAGCGCCUCCCUGGAGAGCUGCCUGCUGCCGAGUCGUAACGCCAACGGGGAGACGGGAGGUCUGGGGGAACAGAGAGGAGGAGAUGCUGGAGGAGAACCAGAGAAGGAGAAGAACCAUGACGCUGUCCCAGGAGAACCUUCCUCUGGGGAGCUGAGCAGGAGAACUCUGGAUCUCCUGAAGCGUCUGGAGAACAUCCAGAGUCCUCUGGAGGCAAAGAUGACCCGCAGCGUUUCUGACAUGACACUCCGCAGCACCUCCCCUCAGAGGAGUCAACUUACUGUGUCUCCGUCUCUCGGCGGUCAUCAUGGUCUUCUGUCCGGAGCUCCGUCCAGGAGAGGACCGCCGUCGCUGAUCAACGAGAGCUCGGCCACGGCGUCUCUGACGGAGCUGAGCAGCACCGAGGACUCGUCUCUGGGCUCUGAGGACCGGCACCGGCUCCUCCUUGACCCGGCGACUCCCAACAGCAACUCCUACAGGAAGUGUUGCCACGGUAACAGAGGAGGCGCCGACGAGGCGGACGCGGCAAGUCUGAGCAUGGUGGUGAACGUCUCCGCCUGCACCGACGAGGACGAGGACGACAGCGACCUCUUGUCCUCCUCCACGCUCACGCUCACCGAGGAGGAGCUGGGUGUCCGGGACGAGGAGGACGAGGAGGAGGAGCGACUCAGCAUGGCGUCUUCAGCCAAUGAGGACGAAGACGACGAGGAAGAGGAAGACAUGGAGGGAUCCUACGUGCUCGGCUUUGAGUACAUGAAGAGGGAGCUGCAGAGCUGGAUCAGACCUCCUCGCACCUCCUCCUCCUCCUCCAGAACCGAAGCCGGACUCAGAGACGAGCUGCAGUGUGGAACCAGCCUGAUCUGCUCCUCCUCCUCCCAGAGCAACGAGCAGCGCUGCUCCCUGUCCUCCAAGCUGAAGGACACUAGGAGAGAGCAGAGGGAGACGGAGGAGGAGAACCGAAGGAACGCCACCAGGAGCUACAUCAGCCAGUUUGUGGACGACGUGGAGAACGGGAACGUGGAGCAGAGCUGCCUGAAGGGGAAGGACGAGGACGAGCUGCUGAGGGAGGAGGCCAGCGUCUUCACCAAGAAAGGAGAACCUCUGAGGGAGGCCUUCGUCUACGCCAGAGACAUCCACCUGGUGGGGAAACCGGAGUCGGACUGCGAGCUCCGCCCCUUCGCCUCGAACCGAGGCUCCUCAUUGGUCGGACAGCUGAGGGGGGAGCUGCCGUGUCACAGCUCCGCCCAGCCGUCGCCUCCGUCGCUGUCUCCGGUGGACGACUGCAGGUCCACCAGCAGGACGUCUGCAGCAAGGAAGGCCAUCACCAUCCAGGAGAAGUUCAAAUUCUCCUCCUUGGUGACGGAGGAGACGAAGCGGCAGGUCAGAGACAAAGACUCGUCUCCCAAGCCCAGGAGGUGUCUCCAUCCUCAGACCUCCUGCUGCUCCUCCUCCAGGCCUCGCGGCAGCAAGGAGGAUGUCCACGGUUUCGUGAUGGAGAUCAUCGACAUGACCUCGGUGGCCCUGAAGAGCAAAGAGAACCAGACUGAAGAACCCAACCAGAAUGUCAAGGAACCGAGUCCGGCGUCGCUGGCUCAGAUCAAAGACAAGGUCCUGGAACACGCCCACCGGCCGCUCCAUCUGCGUAAAGGUGACUUCUACUCCUACCUGUCCCUGUCCUCCCAUGACAGCGACUGUGGAGAGGUCAUCCAAUGUUCUGAGGAGAAGAGUUCCACUCCGGCGCCGUACAGCCUCCCGUCCUCCGUCCACAGCCCCAGUCCGGACCUGACGGGGGAUUCUAGGACCGCCGUUCUGGACCUGGACCAGACCAGUCCGGUUCCAUCUCUGCCCCCCAGUCCGGACAUCCGGGACGAGGAGACGCUGUUCCCGGCCUGCACCGAGGAGGUCUACCUGGGCCCACCGCUCUGCUACAGCAUGGUGCUGACCAAGGAGGCCUGCCGCCUCCGGAGGGAUGGUUCUGAUCCCGGCCCAGGUCCUGGAUACAACCUAUCUGAGAGAGGAGAGGCUCUGGGCUACCUGACCGUCCAUCGGGACUCCAGCCAGGAGGACUUCCAGGCUUCAGAGGCCUCAGAGGAGCCUGAGGGCCUCAGAUCAGAACCUCCUGUGGCUGUCGGCAGGCAGCAGAGCGGGAACCCGGCUCCUUAUCUUAAUCCCUGGGCUCGUGUCGGGGCGAUAGACUCCUCUGCAGCCCGCCGUUCAGCAGAUACUCCUCCGCUCCAAUCCAAUAACGCCGCCGUAAUGACCCAGAUAAGAGUCCGCAGCGCCGCCACAAAUCCCCCCAAAGAGCCGCCCGCCGGGACUAAUCCCCAAAUGAAGCGCCGACCGAUGGGAGGCGAUAGGGAGGAGGGGCAGCGGGGCAGGAAGGGGCGGAGCCUCCUGCUGCAGGACGCCGGCCAGGUGAACUCAGCUGUCAAUCACAUCUCCAGAUCAUCACAGGGGCGGAGCCAAGCCUUGGUGAGACCGCCCACCUCCAGGACCGUCAGGAGACCCUUCAUGGUGGCUUCAGGAGCCUCCAGGAUCCACCUCUAAGGAUCUUCAUCAUCUCCUCCCCACAGAGCUGAUCUUUCUCUGGGCUCCUCCAGGUUCCUUCAGGGUCCUCCAGGUUCCUCCUUACAUCUGUGGACUGGAGGUUUCAGAGACUCUGCUGGGAUUAGAUCCUUUGGAGAGGCUACAGCUGGAUGUGAUGGUUUAUGAAGCUGCUGUCUAACUGGACGUUCAGAAGGAUUUAAGGAGAAGAGAAGAAGAAGGAUUAUUUAGUAAUUAUAAUAACAUAGUGAACUAAUAUCCGACCACAUUAUCCACUGAUUGUUAGAAUUAAGACAGAAGAAACUGUUUAUUUCACCAACUAGUCACAUUCAUGUUGGAUUUGUUGCAUAAAACUAGACUUUUUUUUCAUUUUUAAAAACUUUUCCAGCUUGUUUUAAUGCGUUCUGGUUCAGUCUAUAACAGGUUAAAUGAAUAGGAUUAACAAGACUAUUUAUUAUUAACUCAUGAGGCUUAUUUGAGAUCUUUUCUGGUGUUUGAUAGACACUGGUCUCACAAAGACGUCAUCUGGUUCCUCUUCAACUCCUAAAUCCUUCUGAGUCCAAAUAAAAGAUAAAUCUGAGGCUACGCAUAGACAAAAACUCCAGAAUCAGAAGUAAGAACUGUUCUUCAGCCAUCAGUCUGAGUGUUUCCUGAUGCUUCUUCACAGUUUUCAUCCUAGAAAUAUCUCAGAACAAACCACAAAAUCCAGAUAAACGGCAUCUAGCUGCAGCUCAGGCAGUUGGAUGCAUUAUUGCUCAGUAAUUAAAGCAGCACGAGGUGAUUUUUGUCCCUUUAUUCCAUCAGCUGGUCCCGUUAUUCUCAGUUUAGCUUCACAGAGAACCUUAAACACUGCUGGGUUACUUUCAAUCUGUUUAAAGCCUUCUUGGUUUCUUCUGUGAUCUUCUACCUCAGUAUCGUUCUGCCUCCACCUCCCAUCUUUGCGUGAGUUUCUAGAACUUCCUGUAAUCUGACCGUAGAAAACCUAAAGGCUGCUGCAGCGUCGUAGCACAAGUAGCACUCCGUUACGUCCUGGAGGUAAAAAGACGUCUGAGUUUAAACCUGCUGCUGUUUCUCAUGAACUCAGUCUGAGCUACAGAACCAAACUGGCAUGAAAACCAAUGCCACUGUAACCGAAGAUUAGUCCAUAGAGGGUUAGGAUUGGUAGGGUUAGGGUUUAAGAGUUAGGGUUAGUUGGGUUAGGGUUUAAGUUUGGAGGAUUAGGGUUAAGGGUUGAAGGAAGUUGAGUUUAGGGUUAGUAGGGUUAGAGUUAGGGUUAAAGGUUGGAGUGUUAGGGUUAAAGAUUGAACAGUUGGGGUUAGAGUUAAAGGGUUAGGGUUAGUUGGGUUUGGGCUAGGGUUAGUGGUAAAAGUUAGAGGAAGUCAGUGUUUCCUGAUCCGAAAAUGCCUUGUCUGGAAAACCGGCAUUGAGAUGAAUGUCCCUGUCACCAAACAUUAGUUCAAAGAGGGUUAGGUUUAGUUUAGGGUUAGUCGGGUUAGUAGGGUUAGGGUUAGUAGGGUUAUUAGGGUUAGUAGGGUUAGGAAGGUUAGUAGGGUUAGGGUUAGUAAUGUUUGUAGGGUUAGUAGGGUUUUUAGGGUUAAGAUUAGAUUUAAAGGUUAGAGGAAAUCGGUGUUCGCUGAUACGAAGACACCUUGUCAGGAUUUACAGAUGCAUUGUCAUUGUGGAGAGAAAAGACGGUAAAAGGGAAGUUAGUGUUAAUAUAAAAUGACUGAUGGUACAUUACAAUCAGCUGGCAAAAGUAUGUAGAAAGUUAAUAUGGUGUUCAUCUGAAAGGUGUCCAAAUACUUCUGGUCUUGUUCUGUAUAAACUUUACUGUGAUCAGAGAAGCCAACAGGUUUAUUAUUCUGGAUUUAUAGUAGAAUUAAGAGCUGAAGUUAAUUAAUUUAAAUGACAUGAUUCCUGUAGCAUGAUGGUGGUUAGUUCCCCAGUAAACAUUAAAUACGUCUGACAGGGUUAAAGUGGUGAAAACAGGUUUUGUUCCUCGAUAUAGUGGAUUCAUCCUAGAACUUUUCUCUUUCUAUCGGCCAACUGAUCGACCUGCAGAUGACUUAAACUGGUUGAACAGGACUGAAGAAGUUCUGAGGAUCUGAAGACUAAAAGUUCCACCUCAGGCUGGUAGACUUUAAACCUCUUAUUCAUUUCUACAGUCAAACUGUGGAAUCCAACGUCACCAAACUUCGAAAAUGUCCUCAGAAUUUAAAAACAAAGGAGAUAAUUGUCUUUAUUUUAAUGUCUGAUGCUGUUACUGUUCUGGAAAUCAUCCAAGAUAGUCGUCAAGUAAUUCCUCAACACUUCUUCAGAAGGUCAGAAACUCCAGAUAUGAGCUGAAGAUGGAUUUAAUGAUCAACGAGACACAAAACAAAUCUGUUUUAACUCCAGCUGGUUGAGGAACAAACUCAACUCUGAAUUUCAGUUUUCAAAUCUUUAAACUUGAUGAUGUUCGAACUAUUUACCCAAAAACCUCCAAAUCCAGGUUCCUCGUUCAGAUUUAGUCCAAAUUUCGAGGAAGUUCUGAUCAAAACAGCAUCUUCUUGGUGUUUAACUCCAAAUGUUCCGCCUUUACAAACACCUGAGAGUUUAGUGGAUCUCUGUAGAUGUUAUUUAAUGUUUGAAGCACACGUUCAGGCUGCCUUCAUCACUAACUCGUCACCUCUGAAUUCAUCUUGUGCAGCUGAACUGAAUUUUAUGAACCAAUGCAUCUUCUUGACGUUCCCUCGGUUCUGUCUGGAAGGUCUGGUGGCCUUCAGCUUGGUUAGAGGAACAUGGCUGCUUCUCCUCCUGUCUGCUGUGGAGGAGAAUCUUUCUUCUGUUUGCUGUCAGAUGAAGCAGAACAACUAAAGGUAUCUAAUCUAUGCAACACGACCAAAACUGAGGAGGUGUUGUGUAGACAUGAAGGUUUGCUGACUGUAUUAAUCUGCUGUAUGAAGUUCACCACUGGCUCAUUUUUUUUUACUUUCUAGACUCCUGAGAUGAAGGUUAAUGGAGGUAUGGGUUGGUGUGAGAUCUUUAAACUAUAAAUGUGUGCCUUGCUCUACUGUUACUCCUCCUACCUUUUUCAAUUCAACCACUGCUUUCCCAGCUAGAAGACCUGAAGGAUGGGAGGAGAGGGUGAAAGCUGAAGCUGAGCUGGUGUAAAUAUGUAAAAGAUUGAGCUGGAGGGAUGCUUGGUGUUUGUGUUUCUCUGUGAUCUGUGAUGUGGAAUAUCUUUACUGUUCGUGUCGCCAUAAAGAGCUUGACUGCAUGGUUCCUGCUACUGCGAUGUAAAGCUGACUGUUGAAGAAUAAACUUCAUUUACUGGAAAAACAAA